GUUCUUUUGGAAUAUGAUCCGUAUUUGGGGUAUGUCAUAAAUAAAGAUGGCGACUCUCUCCUUUGUAAUGCUGCAUUCCGAGGCCAUGUUGGUGUUGCUCGAGAGCUUCUUAAACAUUGUCCAGAUGCCCCCUACUACAACCCAAUAAAUGGCUGGACGUGCUUGCACUUUGCUGUAUUGUACGAACAGACGGAAUUCGUAGAAUUUGUCCUUGGUUCGCCACAACUUGGUAAACUCGUUAACAUGCAAGUUAAGAAUGAUGGAAGAACCGCUCUGCAUCUCGCUGUCGAGAAGUGCAAUCCGAAGAUGGUCGCUGCAUUACUGCGUCACCCAGACAUAGACGCUACAGUUAUGAACAGCGUCGGUAACCCAGCUGCCUGGACAUUAGUUGAUGCCAUCGAUCAUGCCAAGACACUAAACUGGAAUGAAGUGUCCAUGCUUAUGUUGGAAGCUGAUCCUCAACACGCAGGAUCUAUUUAUAAUCUCCGCAAGGAAGCCAAGGCUAAAGUGACAAACUUAUCAAGACAGGGCAUCAAGUCACUGACUCAAACAUACACAGGCUACACUUCCCUAGUGGCGAUCCUCAUCGCGACGAUUACUUUUGCUGCUGCUUUCACUUUGCCCGGAGGAUACAGCAAUGAUGCUGGAAGCGAGGGCCUUCCCAUCAUGGCAAAGAAGGUUGCAUUUCUGGCAUUCUUGAUCUCUGACACCAUAGCAAUGUGCUCCUCACUUGUUGUUGCCUUCGUAUGCAUCAUAUAUAGCAAGGUGGGAGGAUCUUGAGUUUUUGCUUUACUACAGAUCUUUUACAAAGAAACUUAUGUGGCUUGCGUACGUGGCAACCACAACAGCAUUCGCAACUGGUUUAUACACAGUUCUAGCUCCUCGUCACCUAUGGCUGGCCAUUAUGGUUUGUGUUCUGACGGGUUCAUUGCCCAUUCUUACUAAGCUCCUAGGAGAAUGGCCCAUCUGGAAGUUGAGGUUUGGGCUGGGUCGGAAAUUCGAGUCUGACCUCUUAAUAUGGUCUAAUCUCUUUUCCUUCCGUUACCAGUUCUAGCAACAUUCUUUUUUUAGGAAAGAAAAUAAGAAGAAUCUGUAUGUUGCAUGAUAAUAGGCUGAUGGCAUUAUUUUGGUAAUUUGGAGUUUCAUGGAACCCCAAGCUAUGUACUUUGACCAUUCUGGUUAUGUCAACUUAACCUUGAGCUUAUGCGUGAUCUUUUUUUUUCAA